AUCUCAUACGCUGGUUAUGUGGGAAGUCGAAUGAGAUAUAGAAAGCUCUCGUUUUUUUCCUUUUUUUUUUGUUUUAGCUUUCACAUGUGUUUUACUACUUGACUGUCUCACUGUUUAUAUAUGAGAUUGAUGAUUUUUUUCCUUUUCAGUUGGAAGUUGGAUUUUGCUGUGAUUUGGGUAGCCUGGAUUUUGGAUCUUAUCUAAGAAUGGAUUUAUCUACUCAUUCUAUAGUUUCUAUGGACUUAGUUAUAAUAAUAAAACAUAAAUCGCCCAAUCCACCGAUUUUCCUUGCAGUUUGCAUGGUUAGUGAGCUGUUAAAAUUGUCCCCAGUCUCAAAAUAGUGAGUGUAAUUGGUUGGUAUGGCUAACUCUCUGCACCUAUAACCUGCAUUUCUGAGAAUUAUUGUUCGGAAAUAUAUAUUGGAACUUGUAUGUAAAGUUGUGUGGUUGUAUGCAUCUAGAAAAUGAGACAAUUAUUUAGAAUGAAUAUAACUUGAAUAAGAUCAUGCUAGUGAAAACUUGUUUUUCUUAUUAAAAUGGUAAAAGUUAAUGUUUAAUUCUAAUCUGUAGAAUGGUUCACAAGCUAUUGGCUGUAAAUGAUAUUGGGCAGUGAUCUGGUCUAGUUCCUAGGAAGAAUCCUAAAUCUUUAUUUCAGUGGCUGCAGUAUGUUAUCUUGCCAUAAAUUGUUAAUGUAGCUUAGAGUUGUAGCAGUUGGAUGGUCUAUUGAUUUUGGUUGGCAGCUGAGAUUCUGCAAUUAUGCUAAUCCAAUAUUUCAUUUAUAUGUGGUGUUGAAGCAUUUAUGUCAUGUUCUUAUUGUUAUUCUGAAUGAGAAUAACUGCUUAUUUCUUGUAUGGAGUAUUAUUAUCGUUAUUCUGUGGUGGUUGGUCUUAAACACAUAAAUUUUUUAAGUGCUUAUAAAUGGACACAAAAGUCCAUUUCAAUAGCUUUGUGCCACUGGGGGAUCAUGGAUUCGAACUGCAUUGCAAUAGCUUUGUGCCACUGUGGGAGAGUUCAAGCUCUCAAUCAUGGCAGAAGACUUCAUUCUGAUUUGAUUAAAACUGGUGUUUUGAAUAACGUGUUCCUUGCCAAAAAUCUGAUAGCCAUGUAUGUAGAUUCUUGUCAUCUGAAUGUUAACGUAGAUAUUAGAUAUUAUAUUAUUCCGUGUUACCGUAUAUACUCAAUAGUUAUUCUUACCACGUAUAGAUGCUAAUAGUUAGGAGUUAUACGUCAGCUGUUACCAUAUGUAGUUCUUACCUUGAAAAGAAUGGGGAUUGCCCUACUCAAUGAGAAUGAUGCUGCGCACAUAGCAGACAAGUUUUUCCAAAGCUCUCUCAGUAUUUUCAUGAGUUCAUAGUAUUUUGACACUGAAAUAUGCACACAAGGUGUUCAAUGAGAUGCUUGAAAGAAAUGUCGUUUUGUGGACCCCCAUGGUCUCUGCGUAUGCUAGUAGCGGAAGACCUCAGGAAUCUCUUGGAAUAUAUAACCAGAUGUUAGAGUUUGGUUCAGAGGAACCCAACCUGGUGCUCUUAAAGCAUGUGGCCUGGCAGGUGAUUUGGAAUUGGGAAAAUUAAUUCAUAAUAGAGUUUCUGGAGGUGAAUUCCAGUUUGACAUGACAAAGAAGCCCAAUCAAGGUAAGUUCAAAGUGUUGAAGCAUUUGUUAUUCUGAAUGGGGAUAACUGCUUAUUUCCUCGUAUGAAGGAGUAUUGUUGUUAUUCUAUGGUGGUUGCUCUUAAACACGUGGAUUUUUUAAGUGCUUAUAAAUGGACAUGAAAGUCCAUAUCAACAGCUUUUCGCCACUCUGGGGAAUCAUGGAUUUGAACCACAUUGCAAUAGUUUUGCGCCACUGUGGGAGAGUUCAAGCUCUCAAUCAUGGCAGAAGACUUCAUUCUGAUUUGAUCAAAACCGGGGUUUUGAAUAACGUGUUCCUUGCCAACAAUCUGAUAUCCAUGUAUGUGGAGUUUUGUCAUCUGAAAUAUGCACACAAGGUGUUCGAUGAGAUGCUUGAAAGAAAUGUGGUUUCAUGGACCACCAUGGUCUCUGCGUAUACUGGUAGUGGAAAACCUCAGGAAGCUAUUGGAAUAUAUAAUCAGAUGUUAGAGUUUGGUUCAGAGGAACCCAACGGGUUUAUGUACUCUGCAGCUCUUAAAGCAUGUGGUCUUGCGGGUGAUUUGGAAUUGGGAAAAUUAAUUCAUAAGAGAGUUUCUGGAGGUGAAUUCCAGUUUGACAUUGUUUUGAUGAAUACCCUUUUGGACAUGUAUGUCAGAUGUGGAAGUUUGAGUGAUGCCAGGAGUGUUUUUGAUGAGAUUUUGUGCAAGAAUGCAAUUACUUGGAACACAAUCAUUUCAGGGUACUGUAAAGAAGGUUUGAUGGAAGAGGCGGUGGAUUUGUUUCAUCAAAUUCCAGAACCAAAUGUUGUAUCCUGGAACAGCAUCAUUGCUGGUUUUGCAGAUAAUGGAAGCCAUCUUGCAUUAGAUUUUGUGUACAUGAUGCACCAAGAUGGUCUUAAGCUUGAUGGAUUCACAUUGCCUUGUGCUCUAAAAUCGUGCUGUAGCCAUGGUUUCAUAGCUUCUGGGAAACAGAUUCACUCAUAUGUUGUUAGGUCAGGUUAUGAGUCUGAUUAUUUUUCUGUAUCAGCUCUUGUUGACAUGUACUCAAAUUUUAAUUUAUUAAAUGAUGCAAGAAAGCUAUUUGAUCUAUACUCUGGGUGUAAUGCUUCUGCUUGUGAUAGCUUGGCACUUUGGAAUUCUAUGCUUUCUGGAUAUGUUGUUAAUGAGCAAUAUGGAGCGGCUCUCAAGCUGGUUUCACAAAUCCAUCAAUUGGCUGUAUAUUUUGAUUGCUACACUUUUGGUAGUGCUUUAAAAGUCUGCAUCCACUUAUGUAAUUUAAGACUUGGUCGUCAAGUGCAUGGUUUGAUUGUCACAAAUGGGUAUGGGUUAGAUAAUGUUGUUGGAAGCAUUCUUAUUGAUCUUUAUGCAAAGCACGGAAAUAUUAGGGAUGCAUUAGGAUUAUUUCAUAGGCUUCGGAAGAAAGAUAUUGUAGUCUGGUCUGGUUUAGUUGCAGGGUGUGCUAGAAUGGGUUUAGGCUCACUAGCCUUUUCCCUUUUCAAAGAUAUGGUCAAUUUGGGUCUUGACGUAGAUCAGUUUGUUGUUUCAAAUGUUCUGAAGGUUUGUUCAAGUUUAGCAUCUAUUCGAAGUGGAAAACAGACUCAUGCUUUCUGUAUUAAGAGCGGAUAUGACACAGAGGAGGUUACAGUAACAGCUCUGAUUGACAUGUACUCAAAAUGUGGUGAUAUUGAAGAUGGGUUAGCUUUGUUUGAUUCUAUGCCAAAAAAGGACACGGUGUGUUGGACGGGGAUAAUUGUGGGAUGUGGGCAUAAUGGAAGAUCAAUGGAAGCAAUUAAAAUUUUUUGUAAGAUGGUAGAGUUGGGUCUGAAGCCAAAUGAAAUUACCUUUACAGGUGUUCUUUCUGCCUGUAGACAUGCUGGCUUUGUUGAAGAGGCGCGGACCAUAUUUCAGUCCAUGAAAACAGAAUAUGGAGUGGAACCGCAAUUGGAGCACUAUCAUUGCAUUAUUGAUCUUCUUGGCCAAGCUGGAUACUUCAAAGAGGCAGAAAAACUGAUUGCUGACAUGCCUUUUGAGCCCAACAAAGCCAUAUGGUGCUCGUUGCUUAGGGCCUGUGGAAUCCACAGGAAUAUGGAACUGGUUAAUAUAAUUACUCAACACCUUCUUGCAUCCUCACCAGAAGACCCUUCAGUAUAUGUGACACUUAGCAAUGUUUAUGCAACAUAUGGAUUGUGGGAUAGUUUAAGCAAGGCAAGGGAAGCUGUCGAGGAAGUGGGCAAAAGAGAAGCUGGAAAAAGCUGGAUUGAGAUACCUGGCUAAGCAAUCCAGCUUUACUGCAUUGCAUGGUGCAACUGGGUUGUCUAACACUAGAACCAAGUCCUAGCAUGUGUGUGGAACAGUGAUAAUCCGUGUUUAAAGUUAAUCUUUAUAUGGCAAACAACCCUAUCUCAAGAUUUGGAAAUAUCACAAUGUAUAUGACUUUUGGAAGUAUCUGGAAAAGGAGAUGAUGCUUGGUAGGUCAAUUGACAGAGAUGCUGCAUUGCAGUUAUGGGAGUCUUCUGGCCCUAGUGGUUACAUGAUUGUUGAGGCUAAUGGUGGUCUUAAUCCACAACACACUGCGAUAUGCAAUGCAGUGGCGGCAGCCGGAAUUUCGAUUAUAAAGUUCGUUCUUAAUGCUUAAUCAGCCCCAAAAAGCUGCUGCUGGUGGGUUUCUAGGUUCCUGUUCAUCGGGUGCAGAUAUGAGUCUCAAUGGAAGGAAAAACAUUGUUUCAAACUUCUAUUUGAUCUAGCUAAUUUUUCUGAAAAUUUUGCUGCAACAAGGAAAAAACAGUCCUUCGAAAUUUCGAAUUUACUGAAAAAUUCUUGAAUCUUUUGGAUCUGUAGGAGGUUGGAUUGCCUCGAAACAAUCCGUUGUUUAUUUUCCUUGAAUACAAUUUAUCAGUCUUAUUCCACUUCAUUGAAUA